GAAGCAUCAGUUACAUAUUAAAAUUAUAAUACAUUAACUGCAACCUGAAUAGAAUAAAAUGGCGUCACCACGAUAUACAGCUAAAGACCUAUACGACGCAUGCGUAACGAGUGAAGGGCAAUGGGAUGAGGUACGACGCAUUAUUAGACACCAACCUCUACUCGUAAAUGAGAAAUGUGGCGGCGACCCGUUAUUAUAUGUGAUUGUGGUCCUCAGCGCACCACGUGAUGUCGUCGCUGAGAGUUUGAAAUCAGCGACGGCAGAAGCUGUGGACUGCCUGGGGUGGGUCGACGGUGAUUGUAUUCUACAUCACAUUGCUAGACUCGGCUACACACAGGAAAUGAGAGAAUCGCUGAGUUCUGCACGCAAUGUCAAUUUGCAAGAUGACAAGUGGCAAGAGACUCCACUUCACAAGCUGUUAAAAGCCAAACAUAUAUUCAGAGAUCAUCUUGACAUUGCAAGACUUCUUUUGGAUGCCGGGGCUAAUGUACAUAUAGAGAAUAAGGAAAAUAAGACUCCAGUGGACCUCUAUAUGAAUAAUGAGUGUGAGGAGUAUGAUUCGACAAAUAGAGAAAAACACAAGGAAGAAGUCUUGCAACUUUUACAAGGGACUGCAGUCCCAGAAGUAAUUAUGGCUAGAGGAGAAGCAGCUCUGAAGGUUUUUAAUGAGGAGUUGGAAGAUGGAAAAAUAACUGUAAACCACGCACGAUUAAUGGUGACUGGAAAGGAAGGCGUAGGAAAAACGUGUUUGGUAAACACUCUGCUUGAAAAACCAUUUAAUGAAGCAGAACCAUCAACCGAUGGCAUUGUUUUGACUACUGCUUUCCAAACUACUGAUGUUGGUUGUAAGUGGAAAGAAACUGUGGACAUGGAUGAGUGUGAACGGAUUAAGCUGAUAUAUGAUAAUGAAUUAGACGGUAGAGUUGCUGAGAAAUUAAAACUGAAAGGUAGUCAAACAGAGGGAGUUGAAUCGACACCUCAACCAGCACUAGAACCAGCACCUCAACCAGAACCUUCACCUCUACCAGCACCAGAACCAGCACCUCAACCAACACCAGAACCAGCACCUCAACCAACACCAGAACCAGCACCUCAACCAGCACCAGAACCAGCACCUCAACCCGCAUCUCUACCAGCACCAGCACACAUGCCUAAAACAAUGAGAACCCAGAAAUUAAUUAGGCGUGUGUUCUCUCCAUUCAGCAAAAAAAGGAGAAAAGGAAAAUCAUCUACCACACUAGAGUAUGAUGUGAUGUCAGGACCAAUAGAAACAGAACACAAAGAAGUAUCAAGCCGAGCACUUCCAUCUGAAAUUCAGGAAAGAGUUGUUGAUAGAAUUACUGGAAAGACCUCACAGACCAUUGAUAAUAAAGAUAUGACUUACAUCUGGGACUUUGCUGGCCAGCAGCUAUACUACAUCACACAUCGAGUAAGUACUUAUAACAUUCUUUUUGUUAUGCAAUCGACACGAUCCAGGGUGAAGAUUCCUAUUAUAGGCCACAAGAUUCCUCCUACAACACUGCUGCAUUUUGACAAAGUCAACCAUUUGGAUGGAAUGUGA